AUGCUAUCAAUUAAUAAUAAUACUUUUCCGUUUAAGAAUACUUAAACAGAGUUAUGUGUGUUGCAGAAACUAAAGCUGUAUAUUUCAAAAGAAGAGUAAGAGAUUAUGAAGAUGCUCUCAUUUUUAUUGCUAUUGAUGCAGCAUCUGCUAUUUUUGCCGCUAUUUACAUUAGAUUAGAAUCCUUAGUUGAAAUCAGCAAAGUUUCAAAGAGCAUGCUCUAAACUGAAUUCAACAUCAAGGAAACUCCAAAAUUUACCCCAGGUAUCUAUAUCUUCUUUUAAUCUUAAUAGUCUGCCUAGGAAGGAUAACUCAGUGAAUCUGCCCUUGAAAGAAUUUCUUAACUUUUGGAAACAACCAAGAAGCCUACAAUGAUUUCAAUGAAUCAUUCGCUGUUUCAGUUGAUGACUAAAAGGAUAGAGUCGUACUAAAACUGCAAUAAAAUUUUCCAUUUUUAAUUUUAUAAGUCUUACUUUAAAAUCUUAGAUAAUAGUUACAUCAUAAUUGAUUAGAUCAUUAAAAAUUUCGGUAAUAAAAGGAGACUUUAAUCUCUUUUGGAAAUAAAAUCAGAAAGCUUCUUAAACUAGAAAGAUUCCUUCCAAUUAGAAAAUGACUUUGUGAAUCAAAUAAUAUAAAAUCUUGAGAAAUUAUAAAAAGACUAAUCUUAAAAGGGUAAUAUAUUAUAAUUACUACAUAAUUAGAAAAUAAUUUACAUUAAAUUAGAUUAGAAAAAAAUCAUAAUCAUUUGAUGAUAUUGAUAUCCUCUUUCUUAAUUGAAACAUUAAAUUAGUAUUUAUCAAUUAUUAAUAAGAAGUAUACAUAUUUAUGAAUUUAUUUGAAUAUUUAUAUUUAAUAGGUCUAAUCAUAAUAAAAUGAAUUGUAAUAGACAAAUUCAAGACACUAAUUAUUAUGGUAGGAGAUUUCUGAAAUGAGAGAUCAGUUAGAAUAAGGCAAACUUAAGAAGAUAAUUUUAAUAGGUUACUUAUUUGAAGCGUUAUAAGUAAACUAAAAUUAAUUGGUAAUGGAAAAUUAUAAGAACAAAAUAAAUAAUUAUAAUCCUAACUCUUAGGAAAUUGAAUUAAUUCAGUAUUAUUUAUGAAUUUAAUUAGAUUAAUCAAAGAAGGGAAAAGGAUUAUUAGGUAAAAAUAGAUGAAGUAAAAACUAUUAAAUAAGCAAUUUGAGAAGAAAAUAAUGAAAAAAUUAAUAGUUAUAUACUUAUAAAUAAAUUCAAUAAUAUGUAUAAAUAAUACCUAAACUAAUAGUUACUAGCGAAGUCUACACUAUUAGAAAGUUAAAAGGACUUCCAGAGAUACCCUUGAUACAAGAAGAUUUAGAGAAAAAUUUAUCAUACACAAAAAUCAGAUAAGUGGUAAGAUAGAUUGGCAUCUUUAAAUUAGAGAAUCAGAAACCUACUUCUAUGGAGUAUAAGAAUUAAAUAAUGGGAGUUUACAUUGAGGAAAAUCGUUAGAAAAUCUAAAAUAAGAGAAAGAAUUUAAAUCAUGAAAAAUGGAUCUAUUUAAGGAGGUUAAUAUUUCUUCAAGGAAAGGGUAAUUGAAAGAGUAAAAUAAUUUAUGUUGAUGGAGCUUAUUAUAAAUAUGAGAAUAAUAUGAUUAUCAACAUCAUAGAUACGUUGAGUAUUAUCAUAAAAUGGUGCCCUGUACAAAAGUGAUUUUUUUGAAAUAUAUAGAAUGGAUAAAGAUUCAACUUGUUCUAUGAUGGAUAAGGGAAUCCUAUAACUUUAAAUGUUA